AUGUUUGAAAGAUAUCACGAUAUCGUCACAAACCAAUGUAACAAAGCGCUGCCGUCGAGGGACUCAGACUGGUAUCCAGCCUGGCGUAAUGAUCAUUAUAUCGUCGACUUGGUCCGAGUACUGGAAAUGUCGAAAUUGCAGGACAGACCCGACGCCCUUGAAUCCACUUUCGAGCUUUGGCCAGAUACCAGUGAGCUCGAAGUUAUCUGUCCGACCCAGCCACUUUCCGAUUCGCCUGCUCCUUGGUAUCCAACAAAUAAUGGAGCUAGGACCCUCGACUCCUCUCAAAUCAGCGACGUGCGUUGGAGGUCUACGGCUGAUUCAGAGAGACCCGAAGUCAGUACCCGGCCUACCUCGCUGACCACUUUGUCUCAAGCCUCCAUCUCCCCAACGCCGCUAACUCCCAACACUCCAACAACUUCAACUUUAAGUUGUCGAGAAUGCUCCAAGGACUUCACGGGAAGCCCACAAGACGCCAGAUCCAAUUUUCGGCGUCAUCAACGAACGUCCCCAAGACACAAUAAAAAUGCAGGGCUCAAAUGUCCCCAUCCAGAAUGUCGUAUGAAGCCCCCCAUGAGAUCUGACAACCUAGGCCCGCAUCUCAAGAAGAGACAUCGGAUGUCCUCGUCAGAAAGAAGUGUCGCUAUAGACCAAAGUAGACUAUCGGCAAGGAGAGUGGACGAUGAUGGAAUUGAUCGACAUAGGUCCCAAUAUCCUUCUUCUACACAAAGCCAAUACACACAGAAUCCGUAUACACAGGACCAACACACACAGAACCACUCCUCCAGUUCCUCCUCGGGUUCCGCAACUUCGCAGCUGGACCGAUGGGUCAAGACGAAGGAGACGCAUGAGCAGGUGGCCCUCGGGAAGAAGAGCUCGAGGCGGACGGCGGAUACGAUUGUCUUUUUGGAUAACGCGGGACAAAGGAUCGAGGGGGGCGCGAGAGGGUCCGGGGAUGUAGAGGAGAGGGAAGUUGUGGAAUGGGGGACAAGGUGA